AUGCGUUGUCUCUCACCUGCUACGGGGGACGAUCCCAGCAGCAGCAGCAGCAGCAGCAGCAGCAACAGCAGCAGCAGCAGCAGCAGCAAAAGAAAAGAUUGUCUACCCUGUCUCCUUUCUUACCUCCAGGAGGAGUCUCCAGGGCGCUCUACAGCAGCCCUGGACAGCAGCAGCAGCAGCAACAGCAUUAGCAUCAGCAGCAGCAGCAGCGGCAACAGCAGCAGUGGUUCAACAGAGGCAGCAGCAGCAGCAGCUGCUGCUGCUGCUGCAGCACUGCUGCGCCCAAAGAGACAUCUUUCUGUCUCCUCUUCGCCUCAGAGGGGCCCCCGUGCGCGGUUUGAUGCUUUUAAUUGUAAUUCUUUUUUGCGAGAGACAGCAGCAGAUUGCUGCUAUCAUCAGGGGGCCCCCUCAGCACAUUGGGGUGGGGGCCCCCUCCCUGAACCCCAGGGGGCCCCCUUGCUGCUGCAGCAAGUAAACCCUCUGGAGCAUGCAGCAUUUGAAUGUGCUGCAGCUCCUCCCCUGCAGCAACAGCAACAGCAACAGCAGCAGCAGCCGCAGCAGGUGUUGCUGCAGCCGCAGCUACUGCAGCAGCAAACCCAGCCGCAGCAGCCGCAGCAGCAGCAGCAGCAGCAGCAGCAGGAACGGCGGCAGCAGACCUUAUCCCCGCAGCAGCAGCAACACAAAGAGCAGCUGCAGCGGCUGCUGCAGCAGCAAAUGUCUCUUUAUAGGAGACAGUUAGCUUCCUGCAGUGGGCUUAACACUGAGGCCUGUGAUAGGGACCCCCUUUAA